AUGCAAGGUCUCGAAGAUGUUGACCCUAAUAAGUCUCAGGUUCAAGAGGUUGAACAAUGGACUCGUGACCUCCCGGAUAUAAGUCGUAGAGCUGUUUUGAACGCAAUGGAUCCUGCACCUCUUCAUUUCUCAUUGAAUUCUCAGGUCUAUAAGUUCAAGCAUGAACAAAAAGUAUGCAAGUUCACUGCUAGUCAGCAUGAACUUGAUCUUCUUCUGGAAGCUGGCGAAUGUGCUAUCGAAGCCCUUGCAAGGGUUGUCUGA